AAUCGUUUUUCAACACCACGUAGGAAAAAUCUAGAGUGUUUACUUUUGAUAAAGUGUUUUUGUCAUAUUAAGCGUAUUAAAAUGUUUGAAAAAAAGAGUGAAAAGGGAAAGCAGGCGGACUAUAAGCCGCGAGAAGAUGGCGUUGAGCUAGAGAGUCAGUUCAUCCUGCGAGUUCCAAAGGAGCUCGCAGAUAACGUUCACGAUGCCAUAAAUUCCGGAAACAUAAAAGAUCGACUGACUAUCCAACUUGACCAAGAUCUGCGAUACGGAGAAGUGAGAUUAGAUGAUCAACUGCUAUACGCCAAGCUAGUGGACCUGCCUACCGUCGUUGAGAGCUACAAGACCAUCGACAACAAGAGUUUUUAUAAAUCCGCUGACAUCUGCCAAUUACUUAUUUGUAAAGAAGAACCUGAAGAUGACACGGAAAAGGAGUCGCCAAACAAAAACAAAAAGAAAGACCCAAACAAAGUGGACAAAAAGUAUCUUUUCCCUCAUGGAAUAACUCCUCCUUGUAAAAAUGUAAGAAAACGUCGGUUUCGAAAGACUCUAAAGAAAAAGAACGUAGAAGCUCCCGAAAUUGAGAAGGAAGUGAAGCAUCUUCUCCGAAUUGACAAUGAAGCUGUGCGGGUAGACUAUGAAAUCAUUAAUGAGGAAGAGAAGCCCAUGGACGAUCUUGAACAGUCGGAUAUUAAGCCAUUUAACGACGUGGACGACUACAUUCCUGAUGAGACACCUGCGCACUCCAAGGUUAAAGUAGAGAAGACUAUGAAAAGAGAUAUUAAUGUUGAAUCGGAUGAGGACGACUCCAACAACUUUGGAGCUCAUCGAGCACCUAAUAUGGGCGUGGCUGAGCACGAUAUCUUUGGCGAAGAAGUGUCCACCACCGACGACGAAGAUGAGCCGGAUCGCACGAACACUACAAUGCAGCGUCGGGAGUUGGAGGAAUCCUCUCGUCUCUCUGCUGAUGAUUCGCGCAUGUCUGAUUUCUUUGGUGGCACCAGUGCUGGAACCAGUGGCAUGAAAAUGGGCCAGAACGAAUUCACCAAAUCCAUGUUUAGCCAAGAGGCGAGUAGUCCAAAGCUCAGUGCCGCUGGUUCGAGUUCCAAUCUGGCUGCCCCAGGUGGUUUCUUUGAGAAUCAAAUGCUGAAGCGGGAAGAAUUUGAAAACCUUGAGUUUAUGGAAGAGCCCCAGUACACCCAGCAGCAGGUACGCGAGAAGAUCAACCAACUCACUCGACAGAUAAGUGAGCUGAAAGCACAACAGUCUCAAAAGUCAACAGAAAUCGCCUCCAUUCAAAAUGCCACGCUCAAGUCUCGUAUGCAGGAAACUCUAGAUAAUCUCUAUACUCAGGUCAUCGAAAGAGAGCUAGAGCUUAAGGACUUUGAAAAUAUGCUGGAAUCCUAAACAUCCUGAAUAUAUUUUAUAUUCUAUUCUAUUCUAUUUUCUAUUUUAUAAGCACACGUAAGUUUAUCCUUAACAUUUAAGAAAUAUAGUGAUUAAAAAGAUUCAAAUAUUAUGAACCUUUACCUUGUGAAAAGGCUUAAAAGU